AUGUCAAAAUGGUGCAAAGAGUAUGUUGAGUCAUUUCCUCCUAAUGUUGAAACUCUGCAAAAAGAAAUUAACCUGUUCAUUGAAAGCCAUGACGCUAAAAUGGAAAAAGAAAAGCAGCAGAUGAUGGAUAUGGAUGGCAUCCCUGAUGAAGAGGGAUGGAUAACUGUCACAGCUUCUGGCAAAUAUAAAGGUGCCCCAAGAGUUGAAGAGGUCGAGCCGAAAAGAAUUGAAGAGAAAAAUAAGAAGAACAAAAAGUUAAAAAGAAAACAGCUAAUAUUUCAAGAUUUUUUUAAUUUGUUCACGGCCAACUUGAUGGUCCAGAUUAUUUUUAUGAAAUGGUCCACCAAGUUGGCUGUUCUGGGGCGUGGUGUUGUUAACUGA